GGUAACAGAGAAGCUCCCUCUAAACCUUAGCCAGUAGACCUACCGUCCCCACUCCCUAUAUAAUGGGCCGUUUGGCCUUUUGUCUGUCCAACCAACAAGGCAGACACCCAAAAUUUCUCCAAUCUCGUUUCCCCCAUUUCUGCAACAUCCUCCAUCUUAAUUCUUCAAUUUCUAAAGAAUCAGGCACUCUUGUCCCUCUGACUUGAAUCUGUUCGCAAUCAUGGCCUACCUUGUGAGGAUGGUCGUCUUCCUGGUUUUGAUUCAAGCCUGCUUUGGUUCUAGGAGGCUUACUGCAUUGGUGGAGCAGUCACCCCUUGUUCUUACCUAUCACAAAGGUGCCCUCCUCCACGGGAAGCUCCCCAUCAACAUCGUUUGGUAUGGGGAGUUCACUCCUUUCCAGAGGUCCUACGUUAGUGACUUUGUGACUUCUCUCAACCAAACGAAUAAGAGGAUGAGCCCUUCUGUGGCAUCAUGGUGGGAGAUCACCGAGGGGUAUAUGAUUAAAGCGGGCAAGCCUACGAAUACCAUGGUGGUGCUGGGAAAGCAGGUGCUGGACGAGAAGCACUCGUUAGGGAAGUUCCUCAAAAGAACCCAAAUCAGAAACUUGGCAGCCAAGGCUGCGAGUGCUCAUGGCAUCACUCUUGUGCUGACGUCCAAGGAUGUCGCAGUGGAGGAUUUCUGCAUGAGCAGCUGCGGCCUCCAUGACUCUGCACCCUUAGCCAAAGGCUUGAAGGAGAAGUUUGUCUACAUCUGGGUGGGCAACUCUGAGAUCCAAUGCCCAGGCCAGUGCGCAUGGCCGUUCCACCAGCCUCUCUAUGGGCCUCAGGCCCCGCCAUUAGUGCCACCAAACGGUGAUGUGGGGGUGGAUGGGAUGAUCAUUAACAUUGCAAGCCUGCUGGCUGCUACAGUGACCAACCCCUUCGGGAAUGGCUACUUUCAAGGGCCAGCCACUGCUCCCAUGGAAGCAGCAUCGGCAUGUCCAGGAGUGUAUGGGAAGAACGCGUAUCCAGGUUAUGCAGGGGAUCUGUUGGUGGAUCCAACCACUGGUGCAAGCUACAAUGCAUAUGGGGUCAAUGGAAGAAAAUAUCUCUUGCCAGCACUUUGGAAUCCCAAGACCUCUGCUUGUUCCACGCUUGUGUAGAAAGCUUAACUGAAGGUUGCCCUGGUGCCGACGAUUGUAUAUAAACAUAUUCUUUUUGGUAUUAUUUCAAAAAUUUGAACGGUUAAUCAAUCAUCCAGAUAGUUUCUUUAAUAAAUCUCGUCUUGAAUGCAAA